AUGUCCGACGCCGUUCACCCAAAAAUAACAAAAAAAGUGACGUUGACGGACUUGAGCGACGACACAUCACUCGAGAUGUCCUCUUCCACGGACGAGAAGUCUCUUCCCACCGUCACUCCACCAUCCAAUCCUCCCAGAAAGCGUGGACGGCCACGAAAGAGUGUCUCCGACAAAGUCGAGAAGCCUCCGAUGAUUUCUCAUGCAGUGAAAAAUUUACGGAAGCGCGACUUAACGCUUUGUCGCAAUGUGUUUGCUGAAGACGAAGAAGAAGAAGAACCACCGAAGAGUACUUAUAAGAAGAAAAUGACAAAGAAAGUCAUCACUCAAGUCUCCAGUGAAUCGUCGGACUCUUCAAUGGACUCGUUGGAGACUUCAGAAGACUCAGAAGAUACCGAAGAAGGAAAGUACGACAAGACCAAUUCAGACAGUGAAGCGCUCUUAACAUUAGAGCGCCCGCGGACACGAAUGCGCGAGAAGCGCAAUUGUGAGAAGAUCAGUUUUGAUAAGGAGUGGGAAAAGAACUAUAAAGUGCCGAAGAAGAAGAAAGUGACGACACCGACAAAGGCGUACAGUCCUGUUCCUGUUGCUCCGAACACCAUUGACAAAGUGUUGAAUUACCGGAAGAGAAGUGACAAGAAGGACAUUGGAUUGAAGGAGCUGGCGACCUUCAAUUUUGAGAAAGAGGCGGAAUUUGAAGUGAAAUGGGGAGACAUGUCAUAUCGCCACAACACGUGGGUGACGUUGGAGACAUCGAAAGACAUGAAGGGGUACUUGAAAUUAAAGAACUAUAUUAAAACUAUACGAUUGAAUGGGGAGAUGUAUGCCAAUUCCACAGCCGAAGAGAUCGAAGCGUAUAAUAUCGAAUUGGAGAGUCAACAAGCCUUGGUGGAGAGUUAUAAGCGUGUUGAACGGAUUGUCUCGGUGUAUCUUGACGAGGGCAAAACGUAUUUUGUGAAGUGGGUUGGUCUCCAAUAUGGGGAGUGUUCCUGGGAGUCUGAAGGGGAUUUAACAUUACCGGAAGACAAAGAAGCUAUUCGCCAGUUUUAUGAGAGAGAGCAAGAGACGUUGACGAAGAAGGCAGAGAAGUUAAAGCGGAGGUUUAUUAAAUAUGUUGAUGACGAGAACGCAAAAUUGAAGUUACGUGAUUACCAAAUUGAAGGCGUGAAUUGGCUGACAUAUGCCUUUUCUAAAAACGUGAAUGUCAUCUUAGCUGAUGAGAUGGGGUUGGGGAAGACGAUACAAACCAUCACAUUCCUUCGCCAUUUGUACGACAAGUGCAAUUACGUCGGCCCCCAUUUGGUCGUCGUUCCGUUGUCGACGAUUAACAAUUGGGCAAAGGAAUUUGCGAAAUGGGCGCCACGCAUGAAUUGUAUUGUAUACACGGGAGACGGCGAGAGCAGAGCAAUCAUUCGAAAGACAGAGAUGGAGAGUACUAGUAAGAAACCGAAGUUUAACGUGUUAUUAACGACCUUUGAAUUAGUGAUCAAAGACCAAGGGUUACUGAAUUUGUAUCACUGGGGGUACUUAGCCGUUGAUGAAGCUCACCGACUGAAAAAUGCGGAAGGUCAGUUGUAUGAGGCGUUACUGAAUUUACACACGGAGUGUAAACUCCUUAUCACAGGAACACCACUUCAAAACACGUUGAAGGAGCUUUGGAGUUUACUUCACUUCCUACACCCCGAACAAUUUCCAAAUUUUGAGGACUUUGAGAAGACGCAUAAAGUCAAUGCAGCAGAAGAAUUACAGAAAUUCCAUAGUGAAUUGAAGCCAUACAUCUUGCGACGUAUGAAGAAGGAGGUGGAGAAGAGUUUACCGCCGAAGAAGGAGCGAAUACUUCGAGUAGGGUUGAGUGGGUUACAGAAGCAGUAUUACCGAUGGAUCAUAACGAAGAAUGAGAGUGCUUUGAAGAAAGCUGUUAAACAACAGAAGAUGUCGUUGAUGAAUAUCAUGAUCGAGUUGAAGAAGUUGUGUAACCAUCCUUUGUUGAUCAACCAAUCGAUCUCUUAUGAUGAACAAGGGUUAAUUGAGUCAUGUGGGAAGAUGGUGUUACUUGACAAGUUACUUGUGGAGUUAAAGAAAGACGGGCAUCGAGUUUUAAUCUUCAGUCAGAUGGUGAGGAUGUUAGACAUCUUAGCGGAGUAUAUGAAGAAGCGAGGGUUUUCGUAUCAACGCCUCGAUGGGUCGAUGGGGAAAGAACCUCGACAACGCGCGAUGGAGCAGUUCAAUGCAAAAGACUCGCGCGACUUCUGUUUCUUGUUAUCGACGCGCGCUGGAGGACUUGGGAUCAAUUUGACGAGUGCGGACACGGUGAUCAUCUAUGACAGUGAUUGGAACCCACAGAACGAUUUACAAGCGCAAGCGCGAUGUCAUCGUAUCGGACAAGAGAAGAUGGUGAACAUCUAUCGUCUUGUGACGGAAGGAAGUGUAGAAGAGAAGAUCCUUAUGAGUGCAAAGAAGAAGAUGGUACUUGACCAUUUAGUGAUACAAACGAUGGAGAAGAAGAAGAAGAAUGGGAAGGAGUCCUUUGAGAAGGACGAGAUUGACCGCAUCAUCAAAUUUGGAGCGGCAAAUAUCUUUGGGAAAGAUGAAGGGGAGCAGAAGAAGGUGGACUUGGAAGAAAUAAUGAAGCGUGGGGACGAACGAGAAGAGAAGUCUGAGGAUGACGAGGAUGAGUUGCUUGGCGCGUUUAAUGUGGAGAAUUUUGCGAUUGGCGAUGGGAAGAGUUUCUGGGAUAAAGUCAUUCAAGAGGAAGACGAGAAGGAGGCGAAGCGACUUGAUUAUGAAAUACUUGGCAUUGAAGAGAAGAAAGAAGCCAAAGACGAGAAGAGUGACCGGAAGAGGAAAGUUGAGAAAGAGGAUCGAAUAGACGAGAAGAUAGUGAAGAGUGUGUUAAAAGGGAUGAAGCGAUUUGGGUUUCAUCGGCGGGAGGAGGUUGUGAAGUGUGUGAAGCGGAGUAUGAAAAAGGACAAUGUAGCUUUAGAAGAGAUUGUGAACAAUUUGUGUGAGAGAAUUAGUGCAUCGUGCGACAGUUUAGAUGGCGACGGACAUAUUCGGGACAUCGAACGAUACGUCGAAGGCGUCAAAUUUUCGCCAUUUGAGUUGAAACAGAAAAACGAAGAAAUGAAGAUGGUGGGGAUCCUCAUAAAGUACAUGGACAAACACAACGACAAACUCCCAUUUGAACUGAAGACCCCGCAAUGGUCAGUGGAGAUUGAUUGGAAGGCUGAAUUUGAUGGACUGAUUGUGAGAGGAAUCAAGACGUUUGGCUUAGGGAUGUGGAGUGAUAUGGGAAGGGAAGAUGAAGGCGUUCAGAAGGUUAUUGCAGCUGGUGCGACACCGAUGCAUAUUCAACGAAGAGCGGAAAUCAUCUUGAAAGAGACGAAGGAAUUAGUGAGGAGGAAAAUGGCGAGAGAUGAGAAGAGAAAGCGGACCACUGGUAUAGCGAAGAGUGAACAGUUGAAAGACGGCAAUGACAUUAAUAGUGUGUCGAGUGUCAUUACAGUGAGUAAAUUAACAAGUGAGAAACCAAUUCAAAAGGUCAAAGAUAUCAAUAAUGAACAUGAGAAGAGAAUUGAACGAGUCGAACAGAAGCUUGAGAAUGAGAAGAAGAAAGAAACACACUCUGAAAAAGCACAAACGAGUGUCAAAAUGGAAGAGGAGAGUGAGACUGAUGAUGGAUUCAGUGUUGUGAUACACACCUGUGAUGAAUGGUUAGUUGGGUAUGACAAAUUGCAAUGUCUGAGUAAAUUGGAGAAAGUCAAAGAUUGUCUUAAAAAGCUCAGGUACUUAAAAACACACCCAGACAUCGAGGCUAAGCUUGCUGUGAGAAAGUUGGAUAGAUACCUUGGAAUCAUUAAAGAGGAAAUAGAUAAGUAUGAAGACGAAGAGAAAACUUAUAAGCAGUUGUGGUACUAUGUCUCUACUUUCACUAAUAUGUCGAUGGAUGAGGUCCUCGAAGCAUCGUGCGUCAUCAGAAAAAGAAAGGAAGGGGGUGUCCCUGACAUAAAGAACCCAAAGAUGGAGUUGAAGUGA